AUGGAUGCGAGGCAUCGAGACAAGGCGAUCUUGUUUGAAGGUCUAACCGUCAACCCAUCAGGACCCGUAACCGACUAUGGCGCUACCGUGACGCACUGGCAGCAUAACCGGGUGCCAAAUUACAAGGGCGGCUACAUGGGCGAAGCUGAGCGGCCAAGCCCCAGCUACAUUGUCAACAUGAUCCCACCUGCAGGCAGACCAACCCAAGCUGGUGAUAGUAUUCCUAUCAAGCACCUGCACUCCUCUCUUAAUAAGAUCAAGCACCCCAUCAACGUUGUUCGAUGGACCCCUGAAGGUCGAAGACUGUUGACUGCGUCGACAAGCGGUGAAUUCACGUUGUGGAACGGAACAGGCUUCAACUUCGAAACCAUCAUGCAGGCCCACGACUCAGCGAUUCGAUCCCUGGAAUACUCCCACAGUGACGACUGGCUCAUUUCAGCUGACCACGACGGAGUAAUCAAGUACUGGCAGCCAAAUUUCAACAACGUUCAGAGCAUCAACGCCCACACCGAUCCUAUCCGAGAUAUGGCCUUCAGCCCCAACGACUCCAAGUUUGUCACCGCUAGCGAUGAUUCGACACUGAAGAUCUUCGAUUUUGCUCUGGGUUCCAUGGAGUCGAAACUAGAGGGCCACGGCUGGGAUGCCAAAAGCGUCGAUUGGCAUCCGACCAAGGGCCUGCUGGUGUCUGGAUCCAAGGAUCACUUGGUCAAGCUAUGGGAUCCUCGUACCAGUCGAUGCCUGACAACUCUCCACGGCCACAAGAGCACUAUCACCAAGGUCGUGUUUGAGAAGGUUCGUGGUGCCUGCCUGGCAACUUCUGCUCGAGACCAAACCGCCCGAGUCUUCGAUCUCAGAAUGAUGCGUGACAUCUGUCUGCUCAAGGGUCACGAGAAGGACAUCUCUACCCUAGCAUGGCACCCGAUCCAUCCUAAUCUGCUCAGCACUGGUGGCAUGGAUGGAUCUUUGUUCCAUUACUUACUGGAUACCCCUAACCCACCACCGGGGCAGCCACUGACGGUUGCACCAUACGACAGCCCUGAUCCGACCACGGCGCCUGCUCAGUCCAUCUGGCCAACGCACAAGGUCCCAUAUGCUCACGACUAUGCCAUCUGGUCCCUUGACUGGCAUCCUCUGGGACAUAUUCUCGCAUCUGGAUCGAACGAUCGUAUCACUCGCUUCUGGACCCGUGCGCGACCAGGAGACAACGAAGUCUUCCAAGACCGCUACCAUAUCGGAGAGGCGGCUGCCGAAGCCCAAGGAACCUGGGACCGUCGCGGCAACCGACGCCAGCGACAGGAGGAGGAGCAACAACAACUGGAGGACGAGAUGGACGCACUGGUCGACCAGGAUACAGCUGUGAAAGCUGGCGGUCUUCCUGGCCUUCCCGGCAUCCCUGGACUUCCCCUUGGUGGAGGCGUCCCCGGUCUUGGUUCUGCUGUGCCACCACCACCGAUGAUUCCUGGCGUGGGUGCAAACCCGGGUGCUCCCCCUCCACCUCUCCCAUUCCCUCUGCCCGGCCUUAAUGGCGCUCCUCCGCCUCCUCUUCCGGGCCUUGACCCCAACAACCCUCCUGACCCUGCACAGCUUAUUGAGCUGAUGAAGAAGGCGGGCGUCCCGCUUCCACCCCCUGGAGCAUUGCCCCCUGGCUUCAUGCCUCCUCCAGGGAACCUGCCCCCCCCCGGCAACUUCACCCUACCUGUGCCCCCGCCGCUUAUGCCCGGCCUUGAUAUGGAUAAGGGGGAUCCGCGACGACGAGCCCCGUUGCCCAGCCAAGAGGAGAGUCUGCGACAGGAGCAGCGACAUGGGAAGUACAAUCGGAUCCGAUAA